CCGGCUACACCAGGAACAGAAUCAACAACGCUGUCUGCAUGCGCUUCAUACCUCCCUGCUGGGUAUCCGACCUGAAAGUUGAUAUCAGAGUGGUUGAAAGGAAAGGUGGGAGAUCUGUUUUUCUAUAAAAGGUUUCACGCUGUACAGAGCGUGCGCCAGUCGAGUACAUUCGGACUAUAUACUACAACCUCUACAUCUUUUCAUUGCACGGAGUACUACCAAAAAAAUAUAUCAGUAAUCUUUGUGUGGAUCAUGUGUGGUGUACACUCGUGCUUAGGUUAAAAAACUGAGGUGAGAAAGAACAAGGCGUUCCCCUCCACAGCACCUUAUAGGUCAAGCCCUGGAGGGAACACAGUAAGUAGGUGCGAGUUCUCUUGUUCUCCGGUCUCUCACACGUGUGUGGCUACCUAUGUUUGUCAGCUGCGUGUUUUUCUUCGAGCUACGACAGGGAUACACAGAAACCUAGCUUCAAGUUUUCCACCAUGGCUCGGCAUUUUCAAUUAUGUUGCCUACUGUUGUUUGCGACUGUUAUGGCAACCCCCACGGACAGAGAAGGGAAGGGAUACCUGUCGUGUACAGAAGGAUCCUGUGCCCAUGCAGAUGUCCAAGGGAGGACCAGGAGCCGGACACUGCGCUCGGCCAACCAGUUUGUGAUUCUACAGAUGCGCGGUCACCGAAGCGCGUGCACCCGGCGGAGACAAAGAAGGCGGCGUGUCUGAAUGGUGUCUGCUACUCUCUGUCACUCGCCUACAUGCGCAUUCCCUUCUGCGAGUGUCCAGAGAAGUACGAGGGCGCCAGGUGUGAACAGCUGUCUCUGGACUACUAUUUGAUCUUUAUGUCCUCUUCGAGCAUGGUCAAGGGUUUGAUCAUCGGUGGCGUCUUCUUCAUUCUGCUCAUCAUUAUCAUCAUUAUCAGCGUGUGCUGCCACAAGUGGAAAAAGAGAAAACGACAGAGACUGCAGGAGAUGAAGAACCCAGAUCCCAGAAGAGGGCUCGACCUCUCAGUGUUUCUCUCCCUCCAACCCAGCUCAAGGUGCCACAAGCAAGGAAGGCUGAACAAGAAGAAUACCUGACUGAAAACGGCAGUACGUGUGUUGAGAUGAUGGAGUUGGAACCUUUGAACUCCACAAGUAACAACAUUUCUAGCAGAUCCGAACCUCAAGUGUCCUAGCAGCUGCCUAAUACACCGUUUGUCCAACUUUGAUUGGCUCGUCGAACCACUCCACCCGACUUUGGCUGGCUGUUCGCAAAAAAAAAACUGCAACACAGUCUCACCUUUGGAUCCCACGUCGACAGUACUGUCACAAGAUACCCGAUACCUUGGUUUGUGAAAUGCUCAUGGAGUAGAAAAACAAGAUACCCGACAUCCCUGUUUCUGACAUGUUUAUGACAGUUACGGGUAGUUCCGAAUGGGUUCCAGGUUUGAUUA